UGAGUGGAUAAACACACCUGUACCUGCGCGUGUCCGCCUCGGGGAGGCAGCACGAGCCGCUCCGCUCUCUGACCCUCUACCGCCGCCGUAGUGACGCGCUGGAAGCCGGAAGUGUGGCGGACACGCUGCUGCUGGGUCCGGAUCGGGUCCGGGUUCUGGUCUUUAGGCUCCUGAGAGUUCCCUGUGUCCGUGGGAUGUGACGUCAUGUCUGCGUGUGAACCUGGACAGUUUGAUGACGCAGAGGAGGACAGCAGCCAAUCAGAGGCAUCGGCUGUGCAGACUCACAACAGUGAUGUCACGCUGCAACAGGAUGAUGAAGACGAUAUAGAUGAUGAAGAUGAGGAGGAUGAGGAUGAUGAAGACGAGUGGACGUGGAGUUCAACAGGAGAUCUUACCAAAAGAUACAAUCGGAGCUGUCAGUCCAACAGACAGAAUCCGUCCAAUAGGAGGCUGCCGUCCUCGACUCCAUCUGACAAAGCUCUGAGGAAAUACGAACACAAGAUCAACCUGGAUAAACUGAACUUUGCCGACUCGGUGAUCAAUAAAGUGAUGACGAUGCAGAAACAGAAAGACGCCGACACGUACAGAGUGAAGGACAAAUCAGAUCGAGCCACAGUUGAACAGGUUUUGGAUCCUCGAACUCGAAUGAUUCUCUUCAAGAUGUUGAGUCGAGGAAUCAUCUGUGAGAUCAACGGCUGCAUCAGCACCGGGAAGGAGGCUAAUGUUUAUCAUGCUAGCACAGCGGCCGGAGACAGCAGAGCCAUCAAGAUCUACAAGACGUCCAUCCUGCUGUUCAAAGACCGAGACAAAUACGUCAGCGGAGAGUUCAGGUUCCGUCAUGGUUACUGUAAAGGAAACCCCAGGAAGAUGGUGAGAACAUGGGCUGAGAAAGAGAUGAGGAACCUUAUCAGGCUGCAGACGGCAGGAAUCCCCAGUCCAGAACCUCUGCUGCUCCGGAGUCACGUUCUGCUGAUGAGCUUCAUUGGAAAAGAAAACAUGCCGGCUCCUCUCCUGAAGAACGUGUCCUUGUCGGAUUCGAAGGCUCGGGAGCUCUACCUGCAGGUUCUACAGAACAUGAGGAAGAUGUUCCAGGAUGCUCGCCUCGUCCACGCUGACCUCAGCGAGUUCAACAUGCUGUAUCACGACGGAGACGCUUACAUCAUCGACGUGUCGCAGUCGGUGGAACACGAUCAUCCUCACGCUCUGGAGUUCCUCAGGAAGGACUGCAGCAACGUGAACGAGUUCUUUGGGAAACGUGGCAUCGCUGUGAUGACGGUCAGAGAACUGUUUGAUUUCGUCACUGAUCCGUCGAUCACCUGCAGCAACAUCGACCAAUACCUGGACAAGGCGAUGGUGAUCGCAGCGGAGCGAACGUCAGAGCAGCGGUCGGAUCAGGACCGAGUGGACGAGGAGGUGUUCAAGAAGGCCUACAUCCCCCGAACGCUGACCGAGGUCAGUCACUACGAGAGAGACGUGGACCUGAUGAGGACCAAGGAGGAGGAGUCGGCCAUCAGCGGACACGACGACAACGUUCUCUAUCAAACGCUGACUGGACUGAAGAAGGAUCUGUCUGGAGUUCAGACGGUUCCUGCGCUGCUGGAAGACGAGUGCUGUACCUCAGAGGACGAGGAAGAGGAGGACGAUGAAGAGGAGCAGCAGGAGCAGGAUGAGGAGGCUGCGGUGGACAGAAAGGAGAGGAAGAAGAUGGUGAAAGAAGCUCAGAGGGAGAAGAGGAGAAGUAAAGUACCCAAACACGUGAAGAAGAGGAAGGAGAAGGUGGCCAAGAUGAAGAAGGGCAGAUGACAUCCUGACAGCCAGCCAAUCACACACAGGGACUGGGAGGGCGGGGCGAGAGGUGACCAGUCAUCACCUGGACACUGCUGCAGAAGCAUCUUUAAAUAAACCAUUGCUUGUUUACAUUCUUCAGCCAAUCACAGAGCUCCCUGAGAGCAGAAUAAACAUGUUUGCAUCCUGAUGUGUGUGACUGUUCUAGAUUAAAGCUGGUCCAUGUGUUC